AAUCAGCGACCGGAGACAGUCUAACCCAGUUUCACUCAAGGGUGGUUGAGAGCAGAGGCUUGAUCGAAGAGGCGAAUUUUUUCCAAGAGUUGGUUCUGUGCGAGUAUUGAUUAAUGCUGCACCCGUGUCUGCUGCGUGUCGGAAUGUGACGUCGUUUUUCUGCACAGGGACUCGGCCGCCGUGCAGUGAUGUCACAGAACACUAAGCACCACAAUGCGGGCCCCGCGGCCCUGCCUGCGCGGAGCCAGGCUCUGAACGGGGGAGUGAAGCUGGAGCAGAGAGAGGGGCCUCCCCGAGGGCCACCGCCUGGAGAGAGAGCAGGGGGGAGUGCGGAGGAGCCAGUGAAGAAGCGCGGCUGGCCGAAGGGGAAGAAGAGGAAGAAGGUUUUGCCGAACGGGCCGAAGGCUCCGGUGACGGGGUACGUGCGCUUCCUGAACGAGAGGAGGGAGCAGAUCCGCAGCCAGCACCCCGAGCUGCCCUUCCCAGAGAUCACCAAGAGACUGGGGGCCGAGUGGAGCCGACUGGGCGUGUCGGACAAGCAGCGAUUCCUGGACGAGGCUGAGAAGGAGAAGCAGCAGUACAUGAAGGAGCUGAAGGAGUACCAGCAGAGCGAGGCCUUCCGUCUGAGCAGCGACCAGAUCCAGGACAAGAAGAUCAAGAAAGAAGAGCCACCCUCUGUGAUCAUCAACGCUGCUGGAACCGGGCUGGGGAUGAAGAGUUGUGACCUGUCGGACCGCUUCUCCAAGUUCGAUGUUCCCAUCUUCACCGAGGAGUUCCUGGACCAGAACAAAGCUCGCGAGUCGGAGCUUCGCAGGCUGCGCAAGGCGAAUGUGGAGUUUGAGGAGCAGAACUCCGUGCUGCAGAAGCACAUCGAGGACAUGCACAGCGCCAAAGAGAGGCUGGAGGCGGAGCUGGCGCAGGACGAGCGGGAAACGCAGGUGCUGCAGAAACACCUGGGAGCCAUUCGACAGGCCCUGAGCAGCAGCCUCUCAGGGGUGCCCCUGCCAGGUUCCGGCGAGACCCCCACCCCCGGCACGCUGGACUCCUACAUGACCCGCCUCAUCAGCGUCAUCGAGAGCAGCCCACUGGAGUACAAGAGACUCGUCACCAAGAUAAAGGACAUCAUCAGCCACCUGGACAGUGAGAACCUGUGAGCUGCACACUACCCCCCCCUCCUCCUCACAGACACAUCACCCCCGAUCACUGCCCCCCCCCCCCAAGGCGCUCCGUCACGGACCCCCCAGUCAGAGCAGCAGGACAGUGUGUGGUGUAUGAGGUGUAUGAAAAGCAUUUCAAAGCCUCGGCUUGGCUUAAGUUAAAGCUUCAGAUAUCUAUUUCAAUCAUGUUGUUUAGAGUCAGGCACAGGGAUUAGGAAUAAAAACUGUUGUAACUGUGGGUGCUAUAUAUAUAUAUAUAAUGUGUGUGUAUAAUUAUUAUUACUGUUCUGUUAUGCAUUGCUCUCCACUUCCAAACUGAAAUAUAUAUAUGAUGUGUGUUUUGGGUCUCAGAAGUGGUUUUCUUAGGUUGAGUAAAGAAAGCCUUAUUAGCAUAGAGAAACACUCAGAUGGUGAAAUGUGUUUCCGAUUGUCAGGGCUCAUAAUGUUGUGGAGUCGUGUGACUCUGUAUUUGAACACACGGGUCUGCCCUCUGAAAGAGUGUUACUGAGCAGCUACACAACCACACACACACAACAGAGCAACUACACAACCACACACACACAACAGCAACUACACAACCACACACACACAACAGCAACUACACAACCACACACACACAACAGAGCAACUACACAACCACACACACACACAACAGCAACUACACAACCACACACACACACAACAGCAACUACACAACCACACACACACACAACAGCAACUACACAACCACACACACACACACAACAGAGCAGCUACACAACCACACACACACAACAGAGCAACCACACGCACACAACAGAGCAACUACACAACCACACAUACACAACAGAGCAACUACACAACCACACGCACACACACAACAGAGCAACUACACAACCACACACACACACACACACACACACACACAACAGAGCAAUCAAACAGAUACACAACCACACACACACACACAACAGAGCAAUCAAACA